CUGUCGGAUUUCUCCCUUCCGCUUUUCUUUCUUGCACUUGUCUAGGUCGAUUCGAUUCGAUCGGUCGGUCGGUCGGCUUUCGAGCAAGAGCCUGCGCGCUUGGAUAUGUUGCUGGCCUCUCAUCGAAAUCGCUGCAUCGUUUUCUUGUGGGUCGUGCUGGUGUCGAUGAUCGCGUCUGGAUCAAGAGCUCAUCGCUAUCGGUGGCUGCUGAGCAUGGAAGAACUGGGCGAUGAGCACGGCUCAAGCGCUAGUCCCUCAUUGGAUGAUCUCCUCGGGCAAACGAGCUAUAGUCAGAGCAAGAGCACCGAGGCGGAGAUCCUGAGCAGCCGACAUCCGGGCUCGAGGCCGCCGCAAUGCCAAAACGUUUGCGGCGGGAGCUGCCAUGGACGCUGCAUUGCCCGGCCGCGCUUCUUGCAAGGCGGGCGCGCGUUUGGCCAGCACGCCGUCUGGACAUGCUCGUGCCAGGACCUCGGGUGAUUAGCCCCUAAUCAUCUGUACUAGGCACAAAUUAGGCGCAUGAUUAAUCACUACUUGCGCAUUUCAAUCA